AUGUAUGCUAUUAUAGAGGAGACGGAUAAAAAUGGAAGUACUGAUGUUUUGAGAUCAAAGCUGAGGGAAAUAUUGGGGAGACCUUCGCUGGAACAUAUUGUAGACGUCAACUCUGAGACCACCCCACAAGUCGUUAAGACAAAAUCCAAGUUGAAUCAAGAAAACAAUGAUUCUCAUCCUAAGCCUACAGAAACUUCAGCUUCGGUUGCAACUACCAGAAGGGGGUCAGUAACUAGAGCUAUGUCUCUGAAGAGAAGCAAAACUGGUGCCGACAACUCUGAGACCACCCCACAAGUCGUUGAGACAAAAUCCAAGUUGAAUCAAGAAAACAAUGAUCCUCUUCCUAAGCCUACAGAAACUUCAGCUUCGAUAGAGGAGACAGAAAAAAAUGGAAGUACUGAUGUUUUGAGAUCAAAGCUGAGGGAAAUAUUGGGGAGACCUUCGUUGGAACAUAUUGUAGACGUCAACUCUGAGACCACCCCAGAAGUCGUUAAGACAAAAUCCAAGUUGAAUCAAGAAAACAAUGAUCCUCUUCCUAAGCCUACAGAAACAUCAGCUUCGGUUGCAACUACCAGAAGGGGGCCAGUAACUAGAGCUAUGUCUCUGAAGAGAAACAAAACCGGUGCCGACAACUCUGAGACCACCCCACAAAUCAUUGAGACAAAAUCCAAGUUGAAUCAAGAAAAUAAUGAUCCUCUUCCUAAGCCUACAGAAACUUCAGCUUUGAUAGAGGAGACGGAUAAAAAUGGAAGUACUGAUGUUUUGAGAUCAAAGCUGAGGGAAAUAUUGGGGAGACCUUCGCUGGAACAUAUUGUAGACGUCAACUCUGAGACCACCCCAGAAGUCGUUAAGACAAAAUCCAAGUUGAAUCAAGAAAACAAUGAUCCUCUUCCUAAGCCUACAGAAACUUCAGCUUCGGUUGCAACUACCAGAAGGGGGCCAGUAACUAGAGCUAUGUCUCUGAAGAGAAGUAAAACCGGUGCUGACAACUCUGAGACCACCCCACAAGUCGUUGAGACAAAAUCCAAGUUGAAUCAAGAAAACAAUGAUCCUCUUCCUAAGCCUACAGAAACUUCAGCUUCGGUUGCAACUACCAGAAGGGAUUUAACCAAAUGUUAA